GUUGGACCUGCAUCCGAGCGCUGAGGUGUGCUUAGCGGCUCUGGAUAAACAUUAACCCGGGCAGACUUUGAGAUGACCUGCUCUUAAUCUGUCACUCCCUUGAGGAGCUAUGAGGGGUGAGCUGCAGGGGUUUCUACUCAACCUGCUGAAACUAAACCUGCAAUAAAGAUUAAUGUGCCUUUUUCAAAUUUAAAUAUCAUCAUUUAAUUGUCAUUUAAGCUGCUGUGUUAGCUUUUAGAAAUAUCAGAGAUGAUAAAUAUGCUUACUGACAUUCGUUUGAGGGCUUUUCCUGUGUUUGUUUCCUGAAAGUCCCCUCUAAACAUCCUCACCCACAGUGAGUGUUUUGUUGGCAGUGUCAACAACUGAUCAACUGAAGCUGCUAUUAAUGCAUCACCCGAGGUGGACAUUGGUAGUGGGAGGUGUGCCGGCGCUCUCCGCCUCUCAAAGGUCAUCCAAGGUAUGCUAAUAGCAGGCCUGAUGACAUCACUGGAGCCAUAUAAGGGGUGUGUGGCGAGGCUGGGCUGCAAACCUCUCUGAGCUGAAAUCCGAGGAAGCCAGCAGGCACAACGCUCGCGCCCUCUGCCUCCACGCCUUCUCUGUGGUCCUGGAAUACAAGACAACGCCGCCACACUGGAAAAUAUGCUGUUCUGCCAUCCCCAGCCUGAGUCCUACCACCAGCACUCUGCUAGUUACAUUAGAUCAGAUGUGACAGCUGGCCAUCUCCUCGUGAUCUCCUCCAGAGAGGCGUUGGCGCCUUUCUUAAAGAACGAAGAAGCUCGGCUCAUGGCUGAAAAUGGUGCCAAAAGAACCCCGUUCCAGUACAUUCUGUGUGCAGCCACUUCGCCGGCUGUGAAGCAGCAGGAGGAAGCGCUCACUUAUCUCAACCAAGGUCAGUCCUACGAAAUCCGUAUGCUUAACAGAAAACUAGUGGAGUAUACAGAUAUAAGCAGCAAAUAUGUGAAGAGCAUUGUGCGCGUGGUUUUCCAUGACCGUCGACUGCAGUACAUGGAGCACCAGCAGCUGGAGGGAUGGAAGUGGAACAGACCUGGAGACCGAAUCCUGGACAUAGAUAUCCCUCUGUCAGUGGGGAUCCUGGAGCCUUGUUCAGACCCUCUGCACCUCAACACCAUCGAAUUCCUCUGGGAUCCCCUGAAGAAUGCUUCUGUUUUCAUCCAGGUCAACUGCAUCAGCACCGAGUUCACCCCCCGGAAGCACGGCGGGGAGAAAGGGGUGCCCUUCCGAAUCCAGGUGGACACUUACACCACCAAUGAACACGGAGAAUACGUCGAGCAUUUCCACUCAUCCAGCUGCCAGGUCAAAGUCUUUAAGCCUAAAGGAGCUGAUCGCAAACUGAAGACAGAUCGGGAAAAGAUUGAUAAAAAGACCCCUCAAGAUAGAGAAAAGUAUCAGCCAUCCCAUGACGCUACCCUGCUGAAAGAGUGCUCGCCGUGGCCCGAUGCCUUAAAUCUAACCAGCCACAGCACCAGCAGCACACCAUCACCAAUUUACCACAGCUCACCAACCUCCUGCACUUUCACUGAGGGCAACUGUUCUCCAAACCAGCAGGGGGAGCUGUUCAUGCCCAGCUGCUCUGAUCACCUUCUGCCGUCGUCCUCGCCGCAGGACACUCAGCAGUGGCUGCACCGUCACAGGUUCUCGCCUUUCUCAAGGCUCUUCACCAGCUUCUCAGGUGCUGAUCUCCUGAGGAUGACCAGGGAGGAUCUGAUCCAGAUCUGUGGUCCAGCAGACGGCAUCCGCCUCUUUAACACGAUGAAGGGAAGGUGUGUACAGCCCCGUCUUACCAUCUAUGUGUGUCAGCAGCAGGCCAGAAAUCAACCUUCCAUCAAGCCAGGCUGUGGAGAAAUCUACCACGCUCUGUACCUGGAAGAGCUGACACUGCUGGACCUGUCUGAAAAGAUCGCUACACUGUACAACAUCACUCCACAACAGAUCACACAAAUCUACAGACAGAAAACCACCGGGAUCCACAUCUUGGUCUCAGAUGAGAUGGUGCAGAACCUCAGGGAAGAAACCAGUUUCAUCAUCAGCACCAUACGAGAUGAAAACACUGAUGGUUACCACGUUGUGUUAAAAUGAUCUCCGGGACGUGCCUCAGUGGAGUUGUACAGAUUGUAAAUACGUUUUACUAGACACUGUAAUGAUAAUAAUAUUAAUACUAAUAAUAAUGUGAUGUUUAAUAAGAUUUCUAUUAAAGUGAAAAUGCUUGUCAGCUCUUAGCUUACUGUUGAUUUUGAGCUUUAAUGUUCUCUAGUUAUUUUUUACAUAUUUGUUCAGUUACUGAUUCUUGCUUCAUGUUGCAAUUAGUGUUAACGAGCGCUGUAUCAUUCUUUAAUAUGUCAAAUGCAAUGCUGUAAAUGCAACUGAAUGACUCUGAUGAUAAUAAAG